AUGGAGAAGAAAUCCAAGUCCGCAACCCAAGUCCUCCUGUCAUGUUCACAACAAAGCGUCUGGUGUCGAAGGCCAUUUGGGUCAAAAUUGCUCGCGUAUUCAGGUCUCUGCGAAGCAUUUGAUGUUUGCCUCUCCGUUCUUCAAGAGGCUGCUUACUGGGUGCUGGAAAGCAGCGUUGCAUACUUCCAGAAGGGUUCAGUUGAGAUCACCGCGGAAGGCUGGGAUGUUGAAGCGCUCAUGAUAGUAUUUCAAGCCAUUCACGGCCAAUACUCCCACAUGCCCCGAAAGCUGACCAUGGAGAUGCUUGCGAAGACUGCUGCUAUUGAAGACUAUUGCGAAUGCCGGGAAGCUCUGGACUUUCUGGCGGAGCUGUGA